UUUCAUUUGACGAUUGAAAGGAUGACGAAUUCGAAAGUCGAAAUACUGUAUCGUUAAAUCAAGAUAAUUUUUAGAUACGUGACUGCAAUCAUUGCUAAUAUUUUUUAUAAUUCAUUUAAUGUAGAUAUGUUUCAAAAAUACCAAGAUAUCACGCGGAAGAUUAUUUCCACGAACGGUAAAAAAAUCCGAAUAUGAUAGCAAUUUUGAUUGUACAAAGUAAACGACCAAUCUUUAAUUGUAAAUGAAGUCGAGAAUGCCUUGCAUUCUGAUAGUAUGAGACUUAAUUAAAGAAUACCUUUCUGUACUUUUUAUUGUAGAGUAUCUCAUUAUUAUGUGUAAUUCAAUUGAUAACAUAUAGCUAAAAUUUAUUUAAGUUUACAAAAUUUUCGUCUGAAAUAUUACUAUAUUACCGAGAAUGAAAUGAUUAAGGACUAGGCCUACCGCUCGGGGACCACGAAUCAAAUCCGGGAGAGCAACCCCUUCAGGAAUUAUUCAUGUGCCGUAAGUCCCGGAUUUGUCGGUCUCCGUCCCUCACCGCUUAGUGUCAUUGUGUGCUUGGCCAAAUCACGAUGGACAUGGAAAAACGCUCCCAUAAUGUCCACAAGGCAAAACGAAAACGAAAAAGGCUGUAUUCAUUAUAAAAUUCUAUUCAAAUUUCACAAAAUUUAAUUAAUUUUUUUACCUUGUUUUAUUUUCGAAUCAUGUUUAGUGGUUUCAUUCAUUUGGCCGUUGCUGAAUGAAUGAAACCACUAAACAUUGGUAAUUUUACGUUCGCGCCUUAUCAAGUUUUUCGUUAAUUAAUUUGCGUGUCUAAUACGUAAAUAGGAGGUCAGUUUCUCAUAGAAAGUCCUUCCUGGCAGAUCGCCAAGAUGUUGCAUUGUUUUAUCCCGUCAAUCCAAUUCAAAUUUAAUAGAAAAUUAAGCCGUUAGAAUGAAGUCAGGCAUUUUCUUUCCAUUCGAAAUUAAAUAUUUUGAAUUCAAUUAAAAAGAAUUUCCUAGAAAAGUUUUGCAAGCUAAAAUUACCCGAGAUAACAUAUUUCCACAUAAAGUGUUUUAUCUAUUUUGUUGUUGAUAUUUAAAGAGAGAAACUGUUGAAAAAUCGUAGAUAACGAUAUUUAUUAUUCUACUUUAUAACAAAGAAAUAAUAACGGCAACUUUAUCAGGAAAAUAAAAUAAACUACAAACGAAUUUGAAAGAUCUAGAAUUCUUUAUACACUGAGAACAUGAGUAAAGAAGAAUUUAUAAUUGGAACGCAUUUUCGUUCACUGAAUGGAGAUUCUAGUGAUAACGUUGAAGGAGCAAAAGAACAAAUAUUAAAUGUUAAUAAUUUGUUAAAACGUAAUAAGUUAAGAUCGACAGAAUCAAAGCUUGAAAAAUUCGUAAAACAACGAAGCAAAAAUUUGCAAAUCUCAUCCUUAUUAUCAUUAUACAAGUAUGCUACGCCCUUCGAAAGAGUAUUGAUUUUCAUAGGAUGUAUUUUAGCGGUUAUUAGUGGUGUUUCGUAUCCAGCAAUGGUAUUAUUCAUUGGAUGGCUUAUUGAUGAAUUUGUCGAUAAAGAGAUUAACGGAAAAAUUUCAAUCGAAAAUACAACAAUACCUCAGAUUUUCUACAAUAAUACGAAUAACGAAUUUCUAGAGACUUGUAAGGAUCUUUCAAUAAAAGGCACUUUAGUAGCAGUUUUUCUAUUUCUCUUAAACUAUACGAUGGUGACUUGCUUCAGUUUUACUGCAGAGAGACAAAUAUUUAGAAUAAAAUGUUUGUUUAUGAAAUCUAUCCUGAGGCAAGACAUUGGUUGGUUUGACACUCAUCAAACUGGAGAUUUCUCUAGUCGUGUUACGAUUGAUUUGGAUCGUAUAAGAGAAGGAAUAGGAGAGAAAGUUUGUAUUUGCAUUUACUUCAUGUCAACAACUAUUCUAAGUUUCAUCUGUGCUCUUGCUAUUGGUUGGAAAUUGACUCUCGUUAUUAUGUCUGUUAUGCCUAUUCUGAUUGUUUCUGCAGCAGUUAUAUCUAAGAUUCAAGCGAAAUCAUCAAUGUCAGAACUUUCAGCUUAUGGAAAAGCUGGAGCAGUUGCUGAAGAAGUACUUUCCUCAAUCCGCACAGUAGUAUCUUUUGGAGGUGAACGAAAGGAAAUUGACAGAUAUGAAAAAAAUCUUAUUUAUGCAAAAAAGAAUGGAAUUAAACGUGGAUUAGCAACUAGUGUUGGGUCGUGCUUGGUAUGGUUUACAAUUUAUUCAAGUUACGCUCUAGCCUUCUGGUAUGGAACAGAAUUGAUCAUAAAAUCGCAUGAAAGUAAUUCGAAAGAAUAUAAACCCAGUACAUUAAUUAUAGUAUUUUUCAAUGUUUUGCAAGCGGCUAUCUAUAUGGGAGAAGCUAUACCAUACUUUGAGGCAUUUGCAAUGGCUCGAGGAGCCGCUACUAAUAUAUUCAAUAUUAUUUCACGGGUUCCACAUAUCGAUAGUUUUUCAGAAACCGGAGAAAAACCAAAAAAUCUUAUUGGGAACGUUCAGUUUAAAAACGUUUGUUUCAGAUAUCCUGCAAGAUUCGAUGUACCGGUUUUGAAUGGACUUAUAUUAGAGGGAAAAGCAGGUCAAACAAUUGCACUGGUUGGUUCAAGUGGCUGUGGAAAAAGUACUGUUAUUCAGCUAUUGCAAAGAUUUUACGAUCCUCUAAGUGGACAGAUACUUUUAGAUGGAAAAGAAAUUGGCACGUAUAAUUUGGGUUGGCUGAGAAAGCAGAUUGGAGUCGUUGGUCAAGAACCGGUUCUUUUCUCUUCUUCCAUUGCUGAAAAUAUUCGACAUGGUUAUCCCCAAGCUACAGAUGAAGAAAUUCAAAACGCUGCAAAAGCUGCUAAUGCCCACGAUUUCAUUUCAAAACUUCCAAAGCGCUAUGAAACUGUUGUUGGUGAAAGAGGAACACAACUGAGUGGAGGUCAAAAACAAAGAAUUGCCAUAGCCAGAGCUUUGGUACGAAAUCCUAAAAUACUACUCUUAGACGAAGCUACAUCCGCUUUGGAUACCGAAAGUGAAUCCAUUGUUCAACAGGCUUUAGAUCAGGCUAGAAAAGGUAGAACGACUUUUGUUGUUGCUCAUCGCUUGAGUACUGUAAGGACUGCAGACAAAAUUAUCUGCAUAAACAAAGGAGUCGUUGCUGAGGUUGGAACGCAUACAGAAUUAAUGAAACAGAAAGGACUUUAUUAUCAAAUGGUUAUAAAACAAAAUUUGGAAACUGAAGAAUCGAUUGAGAACUUUGAAGAACAACCAACAACAAAACUCAAUCUAACUCGCAACAUAAGCACAAUAAGCAAUGGGUCCACUAAUUUGAAAUCAGAAAUUAGUCCAGUUCCUCCUCAGAUCAAUGAUACAAACGAUGAUGAAAAUAUUAAUAAUAAACGAUUGAUAAAAGUUGCAGCGCAGGAGUGGCCAUAUUUACUUACUGGAUGUGCUUGUUCUCUAAUAAUGGGUUUAUCUGUUCCUAUUUAUGGAAUAAUUAUUGGCGAUGUUAUUCAAAUGUUAUCAAGCACAGAUAAAGCACAGAUUCGAAAAGACACAAUCUGGUACUCGACGUUGUUCAUGAUUAUGGCGGUUAUUACUGCAAUUGCGGCUUUUCUUCAGUCAUUGAUGUUUACAAUUGCUGGAGAAAGAUUAACAAUGAAACUUCGAAAGAACGUAUUCGCAGUUAUGGUUCGUCAGCAUAUUGGAUGGUUCGAUGAAACUCAAAAUAAUACCGGGGCGUUGUGUUCAAAAUUAUCGUCUGAUGCUUCUCAAAUACAAGGUGCUACGGGAUCUCGACUAGCUACAUUAAAUCAAGCUCUCGCCACAAUGAUAGCUUCAGUUGUAAUUGGCAUUUAUUAUAAUUGGAAGAUAGGUCUAGUCGUUCUUAGUUUUGUCCCUCUUGUUUUACUGGCUACUUAUUUGGAAAGUCGAAUUAUUAGUGGACAUCUCUUGAGAGAAAAGAAAUCCACAGAAAGCGCCACAAAGAUUUCAGUUGAAGCCAUUGAAAAUAUUCGCACAGUAACGUCUCUUCACCAGCAAGAAUCAUUUUACAAUAGCUACGUAACAUUUUUAUCAGAGUCAUCCAGAAGAAAAUUUAAGACAAGAUGUUUCGCUCGUGGUUUGACCUUUGGUUUUGCACAGAGUAUUCCCUCUUUUGCUUAUUCCAUAGCCAUGUACUAUGGAAGUAUAUUGAUGGUGGAGGACGACUUAAAGUUUGGAGAUCUUUUUAAAAUUACUGAAAGUAUUAUUCUGGGAACGAUGAUGAUGGCAGAAGCAGUUUCGUUUGCACCAAACUAUCAAAAAGCAAAAGCUGCAACAAAUAGAAUAUUUAAAUUGAUAGAUAUCAAAUCAAAAGUCGACAGUUUCUGUCAAGCGGGGCUCAAACAGGUAUCAACAUCUGGUUGUAUCCAAUUCAAAAACUUGUUUUUCAAUUAUCCAACACGUUCAGAAGUAAAAGUAUUAGAAGGUCUAGAUUUGACAGUAAGUUCUGGACAAACUGUAGCAUUAGUGGGAAGUAGUGGAUGCGGUAAAAGUACCUGUAUACAAUUAUUGGAAAGAUUCUACGAUGCACUUAAUGGAGAAGUGUUGGUCGAUGGUAUUAACAUCGAGAAUCUGAAUGUAUCUUGGCUGAGAUCACAAAUUGGUUUGGUAUCUCAGGAACCAGUCCUCUUCGGCUAUAGCAUCGCUGAAAAUAUAGCUUACGGUGACAAUUCCCGACAAGUUACGAUGGACGAGAUUAUCGAAGCCGCUCGUAAAGCCAAUAUUCACAAUUUCAUAGCAUCCUUGCCAGCUGGAUAUGACACCAGUGUAGGCGAUAGGGGUACGCAGUUAAGUGGUGGUCAGAAACAGCGCAUUGCUAUCGCAAGAGCUUUAGUUCGAAAACCAAAAAUUCUUUUAUUAGAUGAAGCAACAUCUGCACUGGACACAGAAAGCGAGAAGAUAGUACAGGAUGCGUUAGAUCAAGCGCGUGUAGGAAGAACUUGCAUCGUUAUUGCUCAUCGAUUAUCUACCAUACAAAAUGCCGACCAGAUUGUAGUUAUUCAGAAAGGAAAAGUUGUCGAGAAAGGAACCCAUAAUUCUCUUUUAUCAAAAAAGGGUCUUUAUCAUAAACUGUGCGCCUUUCAAUCUGGAAAAUUAAGUGAUUCAUAAAAUUCAACACGAACAGUGAAUACGUGGGUUAAAAAGUGUCUAAAGAAAAUACACUUAUUUUAUUUAUGCCGUUUUUAAUGUCGAUGUUGAUACAUUUUAUUUAUAAUAUAUAGUAUAUUGCUUGUGAUAUAUAUGUAUAAACGGUAAGUUUUUAUUGAUAUUGUAAAAAUUUUUUAUUAAAAAAUAAACAUGUAUUUUUA